CCUUCCACCCUCAGUUUCCCCAUCAACAGAAUGGGCUCACCUGCCCUCCCCAUCUUCCUAACUAGAUUUGGUCUUUGGAGUUUCUUCCCCCACUCCCCACCGUGGGCUCCUGACUUUGCCCAGUCGCUGAGUUCAGGGGAACCUGAGGCUCCAAGGGGGUCCGAUGUAAAGGUCCCCGGUCUGUUCGGGAGGGAUUCCUGUGCACUCGCCUCACCCCCACCCCUCAGGGAGCCACCUCCGGGCGGGGCGGAACCUGGAUGUCCCUGGAGCCCCAAGGUGCCAAUUAAGUGCUGGUGGCCCGUCUGGGGUCAGAGCCACGGCGGAAUGGCAGAGCCGGGCCCAGAGCCGGGGCUCGCGUGGCGGCUACUGGCCCUGUGCGGUGCGGCAGCGUUCCUGGCGGCGGCCGCGGCCGGAGGGGCGCUGGUGGCCUGGAACCUGGCGGCCACCACGGCCCGGGGGCCCAGUUGUCCUGAACCCGAGCAGGUGAACGCCACGAUAUGGCCCCCAGACUCGGCGCCAGAGGUGGAAGAACUGUGGCGGCAGUUGGCGGAGGCUGAGCAGCGUCAGGAGAGCCUGGUCGGGCGGCUCCAGCGAGCAGAGGGCGACAGGAUAGAGCUGGAGGCGGCGCUCAAGACCUGCAAGGAACGCCAGAGCCGGCUUCAGACCCAACUGAAGACCCAGAAGAUUGAGAUGGACCAGGCUAAAGCCCGAGGCACGCAGAUGGGGCUGGAGAAUGGAGAGCUGGCAGAAGCCGUGGCGCGAUGGGAGGCGGUAGCCACAGAGUCCAAGCAACAGCUGGCAGAGGCGCUCCAGCGCGCAGGCGCAGCAGAGGCCGUCGGCGAGGCCUGCGUUAGCCGCGAGGUGGCGCUGAGGGAGCGCGUUUAUGCCCUGGAAGCCGAGCUCGGCACUUUAAGGAGAGAGUCGCGCCCCAGACUCCGCUCAGGAUCUAGGUCUAAGCCCAGCAUCCGCUCCCGUCCGAAGUCUGGACCCACGAAGGGCUGCCGGAGGCCACCUCGUGAUCCCCAGUAGGAUGGGAACCUCGGGCCGGGACAGAAAGUGUGCGUGAGAAGGGUGGCCCACAGCGUCCACGAGCAGCUUUCCACCCAGGACUGCUUAGGAGACAGCACACAGACUCAACCAUACCCUCCAGGAGCGCACAGUGCUAGAUUACCACAUAGGGAAACUGAGGCUCAUUUGUUCAGGCCCUGAUCUCCCUGGAAACCGCGACACAAUCUUCAGGCAAGGCUGAGCUCACCCGGUAGGAGCGUGGGCAGCUCCAGACGGGAUUUCAACAGAGAACCGGAGGCACGUGCAAAUGAGAGUUACAGAUCCUAAGAAGCCUUGAGGAUAGGAGCCAAGGCGAGGGUGCCUGGGGCCUGGAAAGGGAGCAUGUUUUGGAGGAGAUGCCCACGUGGCAAGAAAAGACAGGACAGAAAGUAGGAAGGGAAUCUGGUGAGUCACACAGAGGGAAAGGGCUCUCUCUGGGGCUCAAAAGAAUAAUUGAAAGAUCAAUAAUCAACUCUGGUCUCAGGGGAUUCAGCAACCCCCUCUAGCCUACUUUGGUACUACAGGCUUAGCUGUGUACAUAUAU